GAAGUUCAACUUUCUGUAAGGGGCCUAGAGCUAGGCGACGAUACCAUUCAUACCUGUACUUCCCAAUUUUUUGCUACAGAUCCACAUCCCUGGGCCAUUUCUGACCCCGAGAUUGCACGCGAAAACCCUGUAGAGGACAUACAUCGCCAGCUAGUGCAGAGUCACCAAAUUGGUCCGCACGACAGAGCUCAAAUCUAAUGCCAAGGUCAAAGAUGAACUUAAUGUGCCCAAAGCCUAACUAUUAUGCACUGAUGCCUUCCUCACAUGUUGUUUGUAGCAAAUACUCGAUUACGCACCUUCCAGCCUCUCAAUUUCGAGGAGAAGGACUCCAUCAAGAAGUUCCCCCUUCACCUAGCACGGGACAAGUUAAAGCAGGCAGUGGAAAAACUAAUGCCGAUGUGGACAGAGGUCGAUACAGAUGAUGCUUUAGAGCUCCUCGGACCAGGGACCGUGAACUCGAGAGCAUUUGCGGCGACCGGCAUUUGGACAACCUUCUACUGGCAUCGGAUGGUCACUUUUUCCAUUGCUGAUGUCACUUUCCCUGUACUUUUUGUACUACUGAUGCAGUUGAUUUUGGGUAUAUCCUUAGUAGGGGCCCCAAUCCAUUUCCUCCUCCCGUCAAAUGUCCAAAGAAAUGGUCGGGAUAGGCGGCGUCCAAUCAACGCAAUUCAAAACUUCUGCUUCACCGCAUUUACAAUCCUCCGAAAAAGCGUUAACUUGAUUCUCAACUUGGGGGCGCUGAUGGUGGACGCGAACGUUCCAGACAUAAAGCACGGUGACGUGCAUGAGCAGAUCCAGGAGAAGUCGUAUGAAUCAUGGAGCAUAGAACGAGUCAACUUGAAGGCGAAUUUAUUUUGCCUGUAAAUAAAAUGAUUGCAUUGUAAGGUUGAUGGAACGUGACAAUGAAUUCCGAGGUAAGGUUUCUCUGCCUAGGAGCGACCUCACUCUCUCAGAUCUUCUAGACAACGUCGAUGCACUCCAGGACUCAUCGUCAUGUAUGCAGACACAUUGAUUUGGCGGUACUAGAGCAUAGCAUGGAUAGUCGUGAAAAGAUGUAAAAAAACAUAAUGCCUAAGUAGUACGUCAAAAAUGCAAUCAAUCCCUGGCCUUGAGCGUUCCCAGGAACGCGGCCUUUUCCUCGAAAGUUUGGAACGAGCCAUGCUGAAUCCAA